AAUAUCACAACAACAACAACAACAGCAACAACAACAACAACAACAGGAAAAUCGAUACAUGGCCUAUCCAAACAUGUUUCCUCCGGGAGGUCAACGAUUUGAAGAUGAAAUGAUGGGAGCUCAUUAUUAUAAUAAUAUGAGACGAUUUUAUCAAGAUACGCAACAUUCGGAUGAUGAAGAUGAUAUGGAAGAUGAAUUUUAUGCUUGUCAUUCAGGUAAAUAUGGACCCCAUCCACCACCACCACCUCCUCCACCUCCUCCGCCACCACCUCCACCACCACCACCACCUAUACCACCACCCCCUGGAUCCAUGAUGGGAGGACCACCACCGUUUAUGGGAGGACCACCCAUGAUGGGAGUACCCCCUCCUCCUCCACCGCCUCCGCCUCCACCACCGAUGGGAUAUGGGCCUUCACGACAAGGAUGGAUGAUGGAUCCCUAUGGAGAUCGUAACAUGUAUGGUGGAAGAUCCAAACGGUACAGUUCCAGUCAACCACAAUCCGAAGAUGAAGGAGAUGAUAUCAUGAUGUUUCGACAAUUUGCACAAGAAGAAGAGCAAGAUAUGCAACGUAUGAUGCAUCAAAUGUCAAUGGUGGGUAUCUAUCCUCCAUUACGACGUGUAUCAAGUCGACGUAGUGCACCUGGGAGUGGAAGAUCAUCCUUUAUUAAUGGGAGCCGAUAAAAAAAAAAAGAAAAAAAAAAAAAUCAUUUUGUGUGUUUUUCAAAAAUCUAAUAAAAGUUGAGGAAGAAUUCUUUCUAAAUGUUCAACGUCAAUGGUAUCACCCGAGUUUAGAAUUUCUUGUUCUUUAGCGGAUCGAUGGACGGCCUCUAAAUACGUGCCGUCAUUAAAAAAAGUGAUAAAAAAAAAAAAGAAAAAGUUUUUACCAGUGACGAAAAGACGAAGGAAUUCACACGAGAGUUGAAGCGCGUCUUUAUUAACUACGUUUUUGUGGUGUUAUGUUUCCAAGAUUCUUUAAACACUUUUUGAACCGUAGCCUAUCACACUGGUGUUAGGGUUUUUUUUUAUUGCAGUAAAAGGUGGUUUUUAAGAGAGAUCAUUUACAGGUUGAAUUGGGUUUUCUUUAUUCAUGUUUUUUUUUAGAAAAUG